AUGCCCUUGAAAGCGAAACCUGCAUCUUCUUCUUCUUCUUUUGCCUCCAUCUCUGGUUCAUCCACUACGACCAUCAUCAAUACCUCGCCUCGCACUGAAAAGUCCUUUCUCAAACGUAGAUUUUCGGCGCAGAAAAUGUUAGCCAAAGCUAAAGAUACCACCAAAUCUCUUGUCCAUGAGGUGCUGGACAAACGCAGCAGUUUAGAGUCAAAGCGCUCAGCGCAUGAGGAUGACCAAAUACCAAACAACAACCCAUCAUCCAAUUCAUUGGUAUCUCAAAAGAGGGCAAGUGCAAAGGAAGACAACGAAACUGACAGUGAUGCGACAUCCAGCAGCCAUAAGAAAUCAAUGCUACGUACAUUGUCAUCUCGACCCAAACACUACAGCCUUCCCAUUAAGCGACCCUUUGUCAUCAAAAGAAACACAUCGACCAGAAGCCUAGAAUCGCUAACUUCCAAUUCAAUGGCAACAGACACAACGGUAUCCUCCUUGGUAGUAGCAACGACUGAUAAUGCGGAUCCCGAAUCCAUGAACCCAGCGGCAGCGGCAGAGGCAGAUAUCCUUAAUGGACAGGAAAGGCCCGGUAGUUUUGCCACUGCUUGUGAUUUCCGAUUGGCGAACGAUAAACGAAACGAGGAAUUUCACGCGCUAUUCAAGAGUGUACCAGAAAAGGACAUGCUUAUUCAAGACUACAAAUGUGCGCUUCAAAAGGAGAUUUUGCUGCAGGGACAUCUCUACGUCUCUGAAAACCAUGUCUGCUUUAAAUCAAACAUCUUUGGAUGGGUCACCAAUCUUGUGAUCAAUCUUACUGAAAUCACUCGAGUGGAAAAGCGAAUGACAGCCAAAAUCAUUCCAAAUGGCAUUCUUAUUGCUACUAAUACUUCUACACACAUUUUUGCCUCUUUUCUAUCGCGUGAUCAAGCAUAUGAUCAAAUCAUCAAACUCUGGGACCUCAAAAAGAGGGUAUCGUCCGUGAUAUUACCUGCCGAUUCACCUCUAAAUCGAUCCAACUCUUACGACGACGAUGAAGAAGAGACGGACGAUGAGGGCAGCGUGCCUUCCAUGGAUUCAGCCAUCAUACUCCAUACACCUCCCCUAUUGAUUACUGACCAUGAUUCCGUCUUGCAUCAUGAAGAUUUCGCAAGUGAUACCCUCACCAGCAGCAAACCAUCUUCUUCUCCUUCUCCUCCACCUCCUGUAUCCAGUAGCACAACAGCCGUGAAUUCAUCGUCAGCCAUUUCAGCCGAGGAACCUGCAUCUACUACUGGCAUGACAAACAAUGGGUCUGCAAUUACCAGUAUGAACAAAUCUCUCUAUACCAAUACCCUCAAACAGCAAUCUCGUCCACGAUCUGCUUCUGACACGUAUACGGGUCGAGAACGACGUAAUGUUACCAUUGAGCCCAAACUGGAGUCUGGUCCCAAGCGUGAAAUUCGUCAAGACGAUGCAUUGACGCCUAUCAAAAAGACAAGAGUGUGUCCAUGUACAGUGAAAGGCGAGCAGUACUUUCACAUUGCCCUGAACGAAACGUACAAAGGCACUGUGGAAGCAGUAUUUAAAUUACUAUUUGAUAGUGAAUUUAUCAAGGACUUUUUGGAAAAGUAUGAAAACUUUGAAGAUGUGCAGCUUGGUCAUUGGAAGCAUGGCGUUCGCGAGGUUACCGGCAAACGCAAAAUCAAAAGUGCCACAAUGGGCACGAAAAUCGUGAAAACUGUAUUUCAGGAAAAACGAAUCCACCGUAAAUACCCCUACUAUUGCUGUGUCACUGCCAGAAAGUCAAUGCCAGACAUGCCAAUGGGCGCUGUAUACUCUAUCCAGUCUCGCACAUGUAUCACCCGAGUCAACAAGGAGAAGGUGCACGUUUUGGUUACCUUCCAGGUGGUAUUUUCGAAAAGUGGAUUAGUGAGCUCCAUCAUUGAAAAGAACGCUGCUGAUGAUCAACUCAGACUGUAUACACAUCUCAACUCCAUCUUGAACAAGCCUGAUUUAAUACGUGAGAUUGUCAAGGAUGAACACAUUCUGGAAGCAUUGCAAAUGAUCGAGCCAAAGCCGAAAACGAAGAAUGACACACCAAAUGCAUUGCGGAAACAAUCUGCAUUGAAUCGAAUCUGCUCUCCUAAACUCAAGGACUUUAUCUACAUUGGCUUCUUUUUGGUUGUAUUGACACACUGUGUGCUGGCUUUACGAUUGCAUCGUAUCACACAUCGUUUGGAACAAGUUCAGCGCAAUAGCAAGCCACUCAAACCACAAAGUGACUCAAAAUGGCUCAAUUACAAAAUGAACAAUGUGCAUCACAGACUCGACCAGUUGAAAGGAGAAGUGCAAGACUUUGAUCAGCGCAUAUUGAAACUAAAACCUACUGUCUAA